AUGUGGGGUGAGAAGAAAUUCCACAGCGAACGGAAUGGGGAGGGAAAACAUUUGAACUACGGAGAAAUUGAGAGGAAGCGUAGGGAAAAGGUCGACGAACUAGCAUACAGACUUUUAGUGGAGAGGGAAAAGGCAAACCAGAGUAUUGAAGAGGAGCUUCAAAGGCUUCUUGAUCAAGAGAAUGAUUCUGCAGAAACGGAGAAUAUUUCUAUGGAAGAGGCGAUUGAAGAAAGACACAAGGAUGCUCCUGUUACCUCCACCUUUUCUAGAUCUAGUGAAGAGUUACAAAAGACUACCAAUGAAAUACAGUCCUCAUGCCCCACAAAUGUGCCCUUUACUGAAGAGUUUAUUUCAAGAUUUAUUCUUAGCAAAGCUUAUGUAUUGAUAGAGGAAAAGAUUUGGAGAGAAAAACUUAUUAUGCCAAAAACUGCACAAAUGCAGGCGAAAAUCCAGAUCAAUAAAAGGAUGACUCAGGUUAGUGGAAAGGCUGGGCAAGUUGAUAAAAUAUUCAAUGUUCUUAAGGAAUAUUCUCAUUCUUAUGUAUUUGUAGAGACAUUUACAUUAAAGAUAAUCGAGCAGGGGAGGUUACAGGUGAGCUCGUGCCCUGGAUCAUACAGAGAAUUUGCAGAGCUGUUCUGUAUGUUUUACUCUUCUGAGUUGAUGGAGUACUUCCGAGUUAUUUUGUUUACUAGGGAGGCCUCUGUAAGCACGAUCAAAGGGAUCUACAGCAUUUAUUUUGGUGUUCUUGAGAUUCAGAAUAAUGCUGAUGAAGCAUGGUUUUUUAUUGCAUCUGUGCUGAACUCGAGGCAGAACAAAUUGUCAUGUUAUGUUGUAGAAUGUUUUUUUUCGAUACUUGGAGGUUUACUAUUUAGAGAAUGUCGAGGGCCUUUCUUCAAACUUAUAGAAUAUGUCAAAAGGUAUUACUUCAAAGAGAUGGAUAACGAGCCAUGCAAGACAAGAAUAUCCUCGAUAUUUGGGAUGUAUGGAGUACAAUGCGAUUGA